AUGCUCCGUGUCUGCCACCUGUGAUCUGCUCUACGGGCGUAGGCGGCGGGGCGUGACUGAUAUCGACUUCGCAAGCUGGUGCUGACUUGGGGGGAUUUAUCGUGGACUUGGCCUGACAAACACAGCGUCCUCGACCGGGUUGCUGCUCAAGACGCUCGGAUACAAUGUCACCGCCAUCAAGAUCGACCCGUACAUGAACAUCGAUGCUGGCACCAUGUCCCCGACCGAGCAUGGCAAGUCACCCGUGCUAUCGGCGUUGCUGUCGGACACGCUCAGCUGCCCAAUAGCUGAUGCGCUACCCUUUCUUACACGAUCCGAUCAGGCGAGGUCUUUGUGCUCGACGACGGAGGUGAGGUCGAUCUCGAUUUGGGCAACUACGAGAGGUACCUCAACGUGACCCUCGGCCGGGAGAACAACAUCACCACGGGCAAGAUUUACCGCGAGGUGAUCGAGAAGGAGGUCAGUCUGAGGAUCAUCACCAGCACCACAACUUUGAGGGACCAAAUUCGCUGAAACGGAUAAAAUCACGGCGUUCUAUCUGCACAGCGCCGAGGCGAUUAUCUUGGCAAGACGGUGCAGGUCAUCCCUCACGUCACGGGAGCGAUUCAGGAUUGGGUCGAGCGCGUUGCUCGUCAACCCGUCGACGAGUCCGCCAAGGAACCUGAUGUCUGCAUCAUCGAGGUGAGCUUUCGUUUACGUUAAAGCGCAGAACUCUGUGGGAUGGACAUGUAUUGGCGUUGUGUAAUGGCUCAUUCUUUCUUUUGGCGCACAGCUUGGAGGUACGGUCGGUGACAUUGAAUCCGCGCCUUUCGUCGAGGCGAUGCGCCAGUUCCAGUUCAGGGUCGGCAUCGACAAUUUCGCCCUCAUCCACGUCAGUCUCGUGCCGUCAAUCAACGGCGAGCUCAAGACGAAGCCGACCCAAGCUUCAAUACGAGAUCUCCGAGGACUCGGGUUGACCCCCGAUCUGGUGAGUUUUCACGGUCGUUGCGGUUGAGGCGAUCACGCCCGUUCUCACACCUCAUCAUUACCUACUUGACCGACUUGACAUAGAUCGCCUGCCGAUGCCCUUGCCCUCUCCCGCUCCCCGUUCGGGAAAAACUGUCCAACUUUUGCCACGUCCCAACCGACCAAGUCUUGGCCGUCCACGAUGUCAACUCGCUCUACCACGUCCCUCUGUUGCUGCAAGACCAAGGUCUCCUCAAGUACCUACAGAAGCGUCUCAAGCUCUCGGACGUCCAGACCGACGCGCCGAGACUCGCACGCGGUGUCAAGUUGAUGAAGAUGUGGAAGGAGCUCACGCUCGGCCACGACCGGUUAUUCGACAAGGUCAACAUCGUGCUUGUUGGGAAGUACACGGCGCUGCAGGACUCGUACACCUCGGUUGUCAAGUCACUUGAACACGCCAGUCUGCAAUGCGCCCGCAAGCUCAUCGUCACCUGGGUUGAGGCGUCUGAUCUCGAGCCCGAGGCGCAGACGGAACGCCCCAAGGAGUUCCACGCGGCGUGGCAAGCCGUUUGCACGGCGAACGGUAUUCUCGUCCCCGGUGGCUUCGGACUGAGGGGAACAGAAGGCAUGAUCGCCGCUGCGAAGUGGGCCCGGGAGAAGAAGGUGCCGUACCUGGGUAUUUGCCUCGGGUUCCAAAUCGCCGUGAUCGAGUUUGCUCGCCACGUCGUCGGCAUCAAGGAGGCGCACUCGGCCGAGUUGAUGGAAACGACCCCGGAACCGGUCAUCAUCUUCAUGCCCGAGAUCUCAAAGACGCACCUCGGCGGUACGAUGCGCUUGGGCCUGCGCCCGACCCAGUUCCAACCCAACACGGAGUGGUCCAAGGUCAGACAGUUGUACGGUGGCGCCGGGAUGAUUUGGGAACGUCAUCGUCAUCGUUACGAGGUCAACCCCGCUUACGUCCAGCGGAUCGAGGAGAAGGGUCUGCUCUUCACCGGUAAAGAUGAGAAGGGUGAACGAAUGCAGGUCGCAGAGUUGAAAGGUCAGUUCCAGGACAAAUGGAUUUAACACUGAUGCAUUGCUGACCGCGAGCGUGUCUAUCCUCCUCGAACGCAGACCACCCGUACUUUGCCGGAUUGCAAGCUCACCCCGAGUUCUGCACUCGACCGCUGAACCCUUCGCCAGCCUACCUCGGUUUCAUUGCCGCGUCGGCAGGGUGCCUCGACGAACAACUCGAACGCCAAAAGUCGUACGUGCCGCCACACCCGGAAUCGCAUCUGCGCAUCCCGACACCAUUGCCUUCGCCGAGGCUCGCGAGUGAGGGUACGUUCGCUUCGGCCCAAGCUGCUGCGGUCACCAAGGGGAUGGCGACCUUGCAGGUCUAA